AACAAAAAAAAACAUUUUUUUUUUGUGCGUGUGUUUUUUGGACAUGAGUAAACAUAUUUGGGGAAUACGCUCCGGCAGAGAGGGACCUUGCCGCUGGGAAGUGUUCUAUUGAUCGUUCCGUUGAGUGAUGCAGUUGGUAUGAAAAUCGUAGGAUGGAAAUUGUUUGGGAGGUGGUGUUUUUCCUACAAGUCAAUUUCAUCGUUUGCAUGUCAGCACAACAAAAUUCACCAAAAAUCCAUGAAGGCUGGUGGGCCUAUAAGGAGGUCGUUCAGGGGAGCUUUGUUCCAGUGCCUUCCUUCUGGGGAUUGGUAAAUUCCGCCUGGAAUCUAUGUGCGGUUGGGAAGAGGCAGUCUCCUGUCAACAUAGAAACCAGCCAUAUGAUCUUCGAUCCCUUCCUGACAUCGCUGCGCCUCAACACCGGUGGAAGGAAGGUCAGCGGGACGAUGUACAACACAGGGAGACAUGUGUCAUUACGGCUGGACAAAGAACAUCUAGUGAAUAUAUCCGGUGGGCCGCUCACCUACAGUCAUCGUUUAGAAGAAAUACGGUUACAUUUCGGCAGCGAGGACGGCCAAGGCUCAGAGCACCUGCUUAAUGGGCAGGCCUUCUCUGGGGAGGUUCAGCUCAUCCAUUACAAUCACGAGCUGUACACAAAUGUAACAGAGGCAGCCAAGAGUCCGAACGGCCUGGUUGUUAUAACCAUAUUUAUAAAAGUUACAGACUCAUCCAAUCCUUUCCUAAACCGAAUGCUUAACAGAGAUACUAUAACAAGAAUAACAUAUAAAAAUGAUGCCUAUUUACUACAGGGGCUAAAUAUAGAAGAGCUUUAUCCCGAAACCGCUAGUUUCAUCACCUACGAUGGGUCAAUGACCAUACCGCCAUGUUAUGAGACAGCAAGUUGGAUCAUUAUGAACAAACCCAUCUAUAUUACCAGAAUGCAGAUGCAUUCCUUAAGACUACUAAGCCAAAACCAACCAUCGCAGAUCUUUUCCAGCAUGAGUGAUAACUAUAGACCGGUUCAGCCCCUCAAUAACCGCUGCAUUCGAACCAAUAUCAACUUUAGUUUACAAGGGAGAGACUGUCCAAACAACAGAGCACAGAAAGUACAGUAUAAAGUGAAUGAAUGGCUUCUAAAGUGAACCUAUUAGUCAACUCACCGAGAAGAGUCACCAGUCACCCCGUUGGCCUGGAUCGACAUAAUUUGCACCAAGCUCCAUCCACGUCUUUGGACAUGUACUUCAUUAACAGCACCCAUCAUGUGCAGUUCGGCGGCAAAGAAAAAAAAAAAAGAAAGAAAAGCAAAAACUUAAUAAACGUUCUAAAACGUCCAUAAGACCUCAAGGGACGAGGCAAACUCGCUACGGUUUCUGACAAUAUUACCAACCAAUGCAGGAGAAGACUUGACUGCCUUUGUACAUACAGACGGCUUUCUUUCUACUUAAAAGUUAAAAAAAAAAAUUGCUUUGGACACUUUCGAAGUGGAUCCAUAACCUCAUUCCACAAAUUUUGGGAGUCCCCUUGACCUGCUUUAUCAUAACCGCAUACGGAAUAU